UGGCCCUCCACGGACACCAUCGAAAUACUGUGAUGCGUUCUCCGUCGUCGUUUUCGGCCCUUUUACUCGGUGAAAUGUCUGUCUGUCUUCGAGCUCCAACAUGGGCAAUUUCCGAAUCUGAAGCUGAAAGUGAAACUGAUACAAAAGACGAAGAGAAAACAGUCACCGCUGUAAGUGCAAGUGGAAACCACAGAAACAAAACUGUCGCGUCGUGUCGACUUGCGCCAAGAGACCGUCAAACUCCGAGCCCGACUCCUGUAAGGAAACGCCGCACAAAAAAGGAGAUCGAAGAGGACAAGUUAAAAGUGGAGGAGAGGAAGGAGGCCAAGGAGAGACAGAAAAGAGCCCGAGCCCAAGAGAAGGAGCAGAAGAGGCAGGAACAGAGGAGGAGGAGAGAAGCUGCAGAGCAGCUGAGGAGUUUGAGGCCAGAGAAUUGUUUGAAGAAUCUGAACAUCUCCAUCGAUCCUGCUCUUCUGCAGUAUGAUGACGCUGAUGUCUUGCUGGACACACUGAGGACCUUUGAGUGGAGGUUCAGCAUUGAGAGCCAGCGGUUCCCUCACAGCAUCACCUGGACCAGAGAUUUACCUCAGCUGGGAGAAGAUGGCGAGGGGACGGUGGAGGAGGAGCCAGUGGUUGUGCUGCUGAGUUUGAAUGACUUCUUGAACAUGGCGAUCACUGUGAAAAAAAUGAUGGAUGGCGAAGGGGAGGAAGCCGGAGGAAAGGCAUCCUUCUUGGAUCCACUUCUGGAGUUUUGCGACCUUGAUGCCAAGAAGGAGGUCACACUCUUAGUGAUUACAGCUAACGGGUCCCAUGUCUGUGAUGUGCAUUUAUUGAAUGAGAUGUUGCAGUCCAGAAUGAGGAUGAAGAAUCUCAACAUCGAGGAGGUUCUCGUCUACCUGCAGCUCUGCAGGAAUCUCUCACUUGUUUUCCUGGAUGAUUGGCAGGAAGUCACCAACUAUCUGUGUGCCGUCACCAAGGCCUUGUCUAAGCGCCCUUUAAAAUUACUGACGGAGCGUGCAGAGCUGCCUUUCUGCGUGGAUGGUUCAUGGGCCAGCGGGGUUCGAGUGGAGAGAGACGGCUCGGGGCUGAGGCAGGUCUGGAGCAGACAGAUACAACAGCUGAACAGAGUCAGCCCCGCUGUGGCCUCCGCGGUUACUGCAGCCUACCCGUCUCCUCAGCUUUUGUUACAGGCAUAUCGGAGUGUAGGAUCAGAGGAGGCUCGGAAAGGUCUGCUGGCUGGAAUCUUAGUGAACACUGAAGGUAAGGAGAGACGUAUCGGACCAGAGAUCUCAUCCAGAGUGUAUCGCUGCUUCGUGGAGCAAAACCCCCACCUGGUUUUGGACUAAUUUGUCCAUUUGAGAAUGAGAUGGACAGACUUAAGCUACAGCUGGUCUGGAUUCUAGUGGACCAUCAGCACCACUUUGCUGCUGUCAUGUCAGUGUUUACAAGUUUAAAACCUUCUUUGCCAUCAUGUUGUGAUCCAAUUGAAAGAUUUAAUGGAGGCUUUGUAGAAUGUAAUUUCUAAAAUAGUGUUUUGCUGAAUGCAAGUUAUACUGUUUAUUAGUUCCUUUUGUUUAUUUUUAUUUAUUUUUUUGAGAAUCAUCCUGUAAGAUGUUCCACAGAUGUUUUAUUUCAGAAAGAAAGCUACAAAACUGUACCCCCCACCACUUUUUUUUUUUUUUUUUGUAAAAGUCACUUCACAGUAUGAAAAUGUGCAAUUUACCCAAUAUAGAACCAGACCAAAGACUCAUCUGUCUGCGUUGUUUUUUUUUUUUUUUUAACCAUUUAUUUAUUUGGUUUAAGAACAAACAAAACUGGUUUGUCAGAACGGACAGUGAACACAACACGGAAUUUCAUAUUUAAUAAGAAAAAACAAAACAGGAAAACAACAUAAUAGAUGGAUACUAGAUCAAGACAUGUUUACUAAAAAGUAUCAACAAUUAAUUUUUUUUAAGGGAUUGUAGCAAUAUAAUGUUUGAAAACAAACUUUCCCCCCAAUUUUGAAAGUAAAACCCGAUCACAAUCAUGCCUGUCUGUGAUUUUCUACUCAAGAUAUGCAAUUUUUUAAAUGGUUACAUUGUACAAUGUAAUGUUUUUAAAGACAAUUUAGAAAAAAAUAUG